AUGGGCCUGGACCUGAGGACACAGACAGAGAUAAAUGACAUCAGAUGGAGAGUCAAAUGCUGUGUGAGAGGAGAACUAUCUGGGAUUCUGUACAUUUUUCUUUAUUUCUCUGCAUUUGUCUUUCUGUGUGCAUUGAUUCACAGACAUUCUUUUCUUUCCUUCCCAUUCCAAUCUGAUUCUCCCCUUCUUUUCUGUUUUAGUCUGUUUUUCUUUUACACUCCACUUCUUUCUUUUUACUCUCCCCUUAUUUUCUGUUUUAAUCUCUUUUUUCUAUUAGUCUCCCUUCUUUUCUGUUUUAGUUUCUUCUCCUUUUAUCUCCCCUUCUUUUCUGUUUUAAUCUCUUUUUCUUUUACUUUCCACUUCUUUCUUUUUCACUCUCCACUUCUUUUCUUCUGUUUUUCUUUUACUUUCCACUUCUUUCUUUUUCACUCUCCCCUUCUUUUCUGUUUUAAUCUCUUUUUUCUAUUAUUUCCCCUUCUUUUCUGUUUUAAUCUCUUUUUUUUUUUUACUUUCCACUUCUUUCUUUUUUUUCACUCUCCCCUUCUUUUCUGUUUUAGUCUCUUUUUUCUAUUAGUCUCCCUUCUUUUCUGUUUUAAUCUCUUUUUCUUUUACUUUCCACUUCUUUCUUUUCACUCUCCCUUCUUUUCUGUUUUAGUCUCUUUUUUUCUAUUAGUUUCCCUUCUUUUCUGUUUUAAUCUCUUUUCUUUUUACUUUCCACUUCUUUCUUUUUCACUCUCCCCUUCUUUUCUGUUUUAUCUCCCCUUCUUUUCUGUUUUAAUCUCUUUUUCUUUUACUUUCCACUUCUUUCUUUUUCACUCUCCCCUUCUUUUCUGUUUUAAUCUCUUUUUCUUUUACUUUCCACUUCUUUCUUUUCACUCUCCCUUCUUUUCUGUUUUAUCUCUUUUUUCUAUUAGUCUCCCCUUCUUUUCUGUUUUAAUCUCUUUUUCUUUUACUUUCCACUUCUUUCUUUUUCACUCUCCCCUUCUUUUCUGUUUUAGUCUCUUUUUUCUAUUAGUCUCCCCUUCUUUUCUUCUCUUUUUUCUAUUAGUCUCCACUUCUUUCUUUUUUACUUUCCCCUUCUUUUCUGUUUUAGUUUCCAUUUUUCAUUUUCUUUUUUUGCCUUUUCUUCUUUUAUUUCAAAGUUUUAGCUUUCUUUUUCUUUUAGUCUCAUUUUCUUUUCUUUUUCUAUUCUUCUUUCUUAUUUUCUAUGUCUUCACUUCUUUUCUUUUUUUUUUACUUGCCUUCUUUUUUUUAAUCUCCUUUCUUUUUUUUAGUCACCUCUUCUUUUCAUUUUUUUCCCAAAUAAUCAUAUAUCUCUCUCCUUUUUCUUUUCUUUCUUCUUUUUCUCUCCAUCUUUUAUUCUUACUUCUCCUUUCUUUUCUUCAUUUUCCAUUUAUUUUGCUUUGUUUUUCUUUCAUGAGAUCUCUUUUCAUUUUACUUCUUCAUCUUUUAUUCUUUCUUUGUUUUUUUUCUCCUUUUUUUUUCUUCAUUUUUCUCACAUUUCUUCUCUUUUUCCACUUUUCAUCCUAUUUUUCUUCUAUUUUUCUUUCCCCACCAGUUUUUAACUUCUUUUUAAUUGCAUUCAAUUUGCCUUCAUUUUCUAAUUUUCUGUCUUCUCACAUUCCUUUUCUCUUUCUUUUUUUAAAGAAAAUAAAUCCUUCCUUUAUUUCUUUCUUAUCCUUUUUUCUUCCCAUUAAUCUUUAUUCAUGCUUUUUAAAAACAGCUUUUCUGUCUUAA